AUGGGUUACCCGUGUCAAGUUUUCCACGCUUCGGAGCUUCCUGACCGUAUCCAAACCAAUCUCAGCGGUCGCAAGCGCAAGCUAGAUCAGGGAGCCAAGAAUGUCGACCUGAAAGGCUGUGAGCUCCUUGAGAUGCUGCAGUAUAAAUGCGAGAUCAAAGAGCCUGUCAAAUGGGAUAGCCCCGUGCAGUGCUUUGCUGUUGAACGGCUAUUCCGAAAAUGUCAAGACAAGAAGGGUUCAUUCAUGGUCGAGACAACAGCGUGGGAGGGUAAAGAUUAUCCUGUGGAGGGACAGAAGAGUGAUGAUGUAAAAGACAGCAGAAAUAAGGCGCCUCCUCAGCACUACCACUGGUCCUCAAGCUGGCACUCACCAGACACCGCAAGAUAA